AUGGAACAACAUAGUUCGACUGGAACCCCCUCCGAGAAUUCCGCCAAAAUUACGCGCCCCCGGCGAUGGAUAUUGAUUUUGUUGACGGUAUGCUGCUUCGUACUUGCCGGUGACGCCGGCGGAAUUUUGCUGCACAAGCUAUUCUGCUCCAACGAGAGAAGUGGCUGCUUUUGCCAGCCGAGCCCUCGAAAUGUGCGUUGCUGCUGCGUCGGCCGGGACGUCAGCGAGCUGUCUGCGAAUAUGAGCACCCGCGUCAAAACUCUUAUCAUUUACAACACCUCAAUCACGACAAUCGACGGUUCGAUCUUUGAUCGAUAUCGAAAUCUGGAAGAAAUCGACAUUUCCCACCUCGACCAUCUGACCUCCUUCAACGCGUCCGCCGUGCGGAACCUCGGAAAUUUGCGCAAAUUGGCAAUCAACUACUGCCCAAAACUCGAUGAGAUCCAUGGCACACUCCUGAAGGACAACCUGAAGAUGCAAACAUUGAUAAUACGUAACACCGGCUUGAAGACGAUGCCGCAGCUGCAAAUGACCUAUCGCAAUAAAAUGGAGGUGGAAGUCGACCUCUCCCAUAACCAUCUGCAAUUCAUCGGCAAAGAGCGCAUCAGGGACCUCCGAGCCUCAUUACUACGACUCGACUACAACAAGCUGCUAGGCAUCGAGACGGCCGCUUUUCAGGGCAGUGCUAUUAUUGCAUUAGAUCUCUCGCAUACGGCCCUCCGCGAGCUGCCUACGGUAGGCCUGCGCAACGUCGAACAAGUACAGCUGCGGAACGUCGAAAACCUGAAGAAGCUGCCGCCAAUUUUCUCGUUUCGAAAACUGCAGAAAGCCGUCUUCACCUACCCGCAUCAUUGCUGUUUGUUUAAGCACGUCGACUUCAAAGAAAACCUGCAAGAAGCCCGCGAGAUCAAGAAGCGCAUUUGCAAAGAUUUUGCGAAGGCUAGGAAAUCCGCUACUCCAAAAGAGAAAACAACCCUAUCCUCAACGACCGCUCCACCCGGAAAUGGAUCCAAAAAUGCGGAUUUUUUCGAGAUGGCGAUGGCCCUAUUUGAGGCGGAUCUCGAGGUGGAGGAGGAGCCGGACUACGAUUUGCCACCUUUUGAACCGGACGAGCUGGGAUUUGCGGGUUGCCUGGAGGAAGAGUCGCUAGAGGUGGUCCGAGAGUUCUACUCCUCAAUCGAAUGCACCCCCGAGCCCGAUGCCCUCAACCCGUGCGAAAAUAUUGUUGGGUAUCCCCUCUUGCGACGGGCCAUUUGGGUGGUGUGGAUUGCCGCAAUCGUCGGAAAUGCCCUGGUUUGGUGUGCUUUU